AACGCCCUCUUCCGAAGUGUAUAUUAGAAGUUCUUUGGUUGUAACGACCACACCGACAUGGUAAAGAGUAGAUUUGAUCACAUUUUAAACCGUUGAACAAACUUACAGCUAUAAUGGACGACCGUGCGCUAGACCUGACAGAGGCACAGAAAGCUACCAAGUGUAAAUACCCGCCAAUCAACAAGAAAUAUGAAUAUCUGGAUCAUACAGCAGAUGUACAAAUUCACUCUUGGGGAAACUCUCUAGAGGAAGCCUUCGAGCAGUGUGCCAUGGGCAUGUUCGGCUACAUGACAGACACAGAGACGGUGGAACCGAUUGAUACUGUUGACGUGGAAUCAGAGGGUGAUGAUAUGGAGUCUCUUCUUUUCCACUUCCUGGAUGAUUGGUUAUACAAGUUUUGUGCAGAUCUCUUCUUUGUUCCCAGGGAGAUCAAAGUUUUGCACAUAGACAGAAUGCACUUCAAGAUCCGCUCCAUUGGUUGGGGUGAAGAAUUCUCUCUGACAAAGCAUCCACAGGGAACUGAGGUGAAAGCCAUCACAUACUCCGCAAUGCAGAUCCAUGAUAAAGAAAAACCAGAGAUAUUUGCCAUCAUUGAUAUCUGACAAUAUCUUCAGAGGCAGACCACCGUCCUGGUUCAGUGCAACUGGAAAUAUAUACUUGGCCAGUUUUAAGUGGCCUUUUAUCUAAGGCACUGAUUAAUGACAAUUGUACAAUCUGGGUUUCUACUUGUGAGGUGAACUGAAUACUAACAGGAUAAUUUCUCUACAUUUCUGGUGAUUAUGGGUGCACACAGUACAGUGUAAAAUAGAUUGCAUGAUGUGAUAAGUGAUAUGACACUGAUAUCUUAUAAAUUGCAUUAUUUCAGAAAUCACAAAAUCGUGGAAAUAAUAGAACUCUUUAAUGCACUUAUUGAAAAGUAAAACUCUGAUGUAUUUAGAACGAUGUAUUCAGCUUUUAACACAUCAACCCAGUUUGACUUUUGCAAAUUCUUAUUAUUUAUCACAAAUUUGAAUUUAAUUUAGUUGAUGCCUUAUUUUUUUAUCAUUGUAAAUAAAUCAACAGAUUUGUAUCUUUCUGCUGUGGGAUUGAUAAACUGGCUACUGGUACUUUGAAAUAAUAUAAUCUUGCUUUUGAAUAAAUCUUGCUUUUAAAUAUUU